GGAGGAAUGGCGGCCCCUCGGAGUUUCUUCAUCUCUCUCUCCGGUUUAUUUCUGGUUUUAUAUUUCCCUUUGGGAUCUACGACCUCGGGGAACAAAAGAACGAACCAGGAGCGAUGCGGGUUCAAGCUGCAGUCUGGUUCAGAUGGAAGUCGCAGGUUGGCCGUCACCUUCAGAGCUGACAACUGUUCAUUAAACUACCCGCUGGGGAAACACGUGAUCCAUGAGGUCACCAACGUCUCCUUCAGUCACCUGGCCUGCGAGGACCAGGCCGCCGUGGUCGUCCACUGGUCUGCCAGUCCAUUAGGGAUCGAACACAUUAAAGGCUUCAGAGUUUAUCUGGAGGACAAGAAUCCAGAAGGGAAACAGUGUCAACAUCUCAUCCUCAAAGACCCCCGACAGCUCAACUUCUCCUACAGGAACACGAAGCUGAGCAGUCAGCCGUUCAGCGGUUUGACCUUUGACACAGACUACAUGGUUCGCGUUCUUCCUUUCCCGACUCUGAUGAACGAGAGCUUCUUCCCUCCGUCCUUCCUCAGGACCAACUCGUGUGAAGUCCUCCUGGGAUCAGACAACCUGGUUUGCAAACCAUUCUGGAAGCCAAAGACCCUGAACGUGUCUCAGCUGGGGUCAAACCUCCAUGUGGCGUUCGAUCAGGCGCCGGCCUCCUUCGGCUUCCACUUCUACUACCUGUACUACAAACUGCGGCAGGACGGGCCCUUCAGGCUGCAGCGCUGCAAACCAGACAUGAACCAGCCGAGAACUACAUGCAUCCUUCAGGACGUCACUCCAGGGACGUACACUAUAGAGUUGAGAGACGACAGUAACACGACCAGGAGGCAGACUCAGUUCCACGUUAGCCAGGUCCACUCCCCUUGGGCGGGGCCAAUCCGUGCCAUGGCCAUCACAGUGCCUCUGGUCAUCAUGUCGGCCUUCGCAACUCUCUUCACUGUCAUGUGUCGCAAGAAGCAGCAAGAAAACAUCUACAGCCAGCUGGACGAGGAGAGCAGUGAGUCGUCCAAUCACAGUGCAGCGUUGAACACAGAGCGGCCGUGGCCCCGCCCCAAAGUCUUCAUCUGUUACUCCAACAGAGACUGUCCUAAACACACCAGCGUCAUCCAGAGCUUCGCAUACUUCCUGCAGGACUUCUGCAGCUGUGAGGUUGUGUUGGACCUGUGGGAACACCUGGAAAUGUGCAGAGAGGGUCAGAUGUCGUGGCUCAGCAGACAGCUGGACGAAGCCAACUUCAUCAUCACCGUCUGUUCCAGAGGCCUACGCUACUACUUGGAGAAGAAGAGCCGCAGAGGAAAGACACCAGUCAGUCGGCGUAGUAACAGCAGCAGCAGCAGCUCUCCGAUUGGUGGCUCAGGCGGUGACCUGUUCAUCGUGGGCGUGGCCAUGAUCGCUGAGAAGCUGCGGCUGGCGAAGCAGAGCGAGGGGGGCGGGGCUCAGGAGCUGAACCGCUACAUGACAGUGUACUUCGACUAUUCGACAGAAAACGACAUCCCCACCAUGUUGAGUCUGGCUCCCAGGUUUAAGCUGAUGGACCAGCUGCCUCAGCUCUUCAGUCGGCUUCACUCCAGUCAGUCCACUUUGACUGAUCGGGAGUCGCAGCCUCUCAAUGUCUCCAGGAGGAACUACUUCAGGAGUAAAUCCGGACGCUCGCUGUAUGUGUCCAUCUGCAACAUGCAUCAGCACAUCAGCCAGAACCCUGACUGGUUUGAGAAGCAGCUGGCUCCUUCAGGAGGUUCCUCUGCCUCCUCUGGCUCCUCUUCGAAACAUCUUCCUCUCCCUGCUGACCAGGCUCCAAGCCCUCCUCCAAAGCCUCACUGCUCCUCCUCCUCACCACAGCCCGAGCAGAGGUUUGACUCCGGCUUGGUGCUGAAUGAGGUGGUGGUGAAGACGCCGUCUCUGGAGAGCGGAAAGGGAGCGCUGAGGAGGAACAUGCUCCUGCUGGCCCCUGGCUCCAGUCCCAGCCUCAACCAAGGCCCCAGCCACAGUCCCAGUCCCAGUCCAAGUCCUGGUCCCUGCCCCAGUCCUGGUCUGUGUCCCAGUCCAGGCAUGCCACACUGCUCCUUGUCCAUGCUGGGACCCACUUCAAGGUCCACGUCUGGAAUGUCUGGACUCUUACCAGAAGAGUCUUCCUCCUCCUCCUCCUCCUCCUCCGCUCCCUCCAUCCUUCAGGAUGGGGUGUGCCCUGUCCCUGCCCAGGCAGAAGAAGGCCGUCCUUCCCCUCCUGAGCUCCCGCCUCCUCGUGAUUCGGGCAUCUAUGAUUCAUCUGUCCCGUCCUCAGAGCUCUCUAUUCCCUUAAUGGAGGGACUGUCACAUGACCAGGCUGACUCCUCCUCCCUGGCUGAUAGCGAAUCAUCUUCUUCCGGGCUGGGGGAUGAGGAGCCGCCUGCUGUCACGUCGCUCCACUGCAGCCCCGGCACAGUUUGUAAAGCUGAGCUGCACCACCAUCACUGCCUGGAGCACAGUGACGGACUCGCACCUGUUGCGUCAUCGUAGUGGACAACUCCUGCCAGCCAAUAGAGAACCAGCCCAGGGCUAGAAUGUACUGGUCUUGGACCUGAACUCUUUCUUAACAGUGUCGUCAUCUUCAUGGAAACAACUGGAAAUAAUUAAAAGGCACUGCAGUGGUUCACCUGUGAAAAUUUACCUGUCAGUUCUCGAAAGCUGGCCCGUAGUGACUACAGCCCUGUUUCCACUGCAUGGUACGGCUCGACUCCACUCUACUCACUUUUAUUUCCUUGUGCUUUUCUCUACUUCGUUUUCCUCAGCAGAUUGUACCGCCUCAGCGUAGGCAGGAUUCGUAAAUUUGUUGUCAUUGCGAAAUUGUGCCAAGCAGGUGAAAAACAACCUGCUUUGGUUUGCUUUGGUCGUUAAAAGCUGCAGCUGUCAUUCACUAACAAACGGUAACCUUUACAUUUACUGCUAAACUGAAAACACCACUGCUAACCUUUUCUUCUUCUCUGCUCACAUUCACCACCACUCUCUGCUGCUCGCUCUCUCUCUCUCACUCAAUCACACACACACACACUGACAUUAAAGGAGUUAAGCUGCUUUUAUAGCAGCGGAUAGUGAAAGGAUGGUGCCCUGAUACGUCUGCUUUUCAUCAGUCAACCACAGUGUGGUUUUGUGGGUUGCCAUGUUUUAAAAUCUGGGUCUAGUAAAUUUGUGGCCUCUGUUGGUUGGCUGCUGGUAGCUUGGGUGUUAAAAAAUAUUGUCAUGCAGUGUGGUGCGAGUGACAAUUCUAGAGACGAGUCUAUAACCAAUCAGUGGUCCGCAGUGUUUUCACGUCAACUUUUGGAAUCGGCUCAUUGGAACCUCGACUGAGGUGAUGCCAGAAAAAGCACCAGGUACUAUCCAGAAAGGACAAAGAGAAAAGCGAGUAGAGUCGAGCAGAGCUGGACCAUGCAGUGGAAACGUGGAUUCUUAUUAACCAUGGUAACCACUGAGUUCUAGAACACUAGUCCGUGGUAACUGUGGUAAAGAGUGUGUUUCUAGAACUCUGGUCACUGGUAGUUAGGAUGACCGCUGCAUUCUAGAACACUAGUCCCCAGAAACUGUGGUAAGCACUGCAUUCUAAGCCCUGGUAACUAUGGUAACCACUGCAUCUAGAACUCUAGUCCCUAGUAACUAUGGUAACCAAUACCAAGAACACACUGGUCCCUAGUAACUAAGGUACUUUGUUCGCCUCGCUGGUCGACCUGCCUGGAUGAUUUUUGAAGGACUGGAUCUCCAGAUGCUGCAGCGUGGACCAGUUCGGACCAAAAACGGACUCAGCACUGCGUCUUGACUCAUCGGUGGACCGCUGACUCUCGUAUGAGCUGGUGCUCGGUACCAAAACAUGAUGCUGAAACAAACUGUUUGUUCAGGCACUUUUUGAUGCAGAAACGCAGGAAGACACAAUGCCACACACAUGUUCAGAUGUUCCCCGGAAACGAGACGUUAACAGGAUCAGAGCAGCUCCUGGUUUUCUGUUAUCCACAAAGAUUUUUGUCCAAAAGCUGCUUUGAACAUUCCAGCUCGGAGGACAUCGUUUGUAUUAUUCUCAGCAUUUAAGACCAAAACCAAGUAAACUCUAAAAAACACAUAUUCUAUCUGUUAUCAUCAAUGAAUGCUGGCCUUUGAAAAGUGCCUUUUUUAUUGAUGUGCCUUUUUAUUUUCAGAGGAGCAUUUUAAACAGUAAAAGAACAUUCCAUCAAUAUCCAUUGGUUUUUAAUGAGUUUUCCUCUCACGUGUUUAACAGCAUAUUUCAAAAUGUUUUCAGCAUAGAAAUGUCUUCUAAGUGUUUGUUGACAAUGACUCAGCAUUGGAGUCGUAAGUAACCACUGAUGACCACUGCCUAAUCAGAAAUCAGUAAACUCAAAGAAUUUUUACAAACCCUUAAAGAAGUGUCAAAGAUGUACUAAAACCUGCUAAUGUGAUACAGUGUGGAGGAAGAGUCGUGUACAUGAUGUGUUCAUUUGAAAGUUUUUUAUUGAAUUUUAUCUUUUUUAUUUCACAAAUUCAAAACAUACAUUUCAAAUAAAUGUGGCUUGUGGCGCCACUCCUACACCAUAAUGUGUUGAAUACUGUGGUACAUUGUUGAGCUUGUGGUUACAUAUUUUAAAGUAUUCAAUAUUAAUGUUACAUUUACACUAUAGUUAUGUAUUUAAUGCUUUGUAAUCCUUUUCUAUCAUUGUUGCAGGAAGCAGUGAUGAUGAGGGCAUUAUGAAAAGUGACACUUGUGUUAACUAAACCACUUAAAAGAUGCCACUAUGGAAGCCCAUUCCUGCCACAACAAGAAAUAAAUCUAUGAAAUGUUGUCAAAUUAAUCAAAUUAUAUAUUGUCUCAUUUGUAUUUACAAAGUCAAAAUUAUGAGGUACAAAGUUAAAAUUAUGAUCAUGUGUAAUUUUUACAUUUUAAAGUUAUCAGAAAGUACUUCAUAAUUUUGACUUAAUGAAAAAUUAUGACUGUAAUUUUGUCUUAAAACGGAAAAACUUCUAAAUAAUCUCAUUGUGAUUUAGUUAUGAUUGUGACUCAACUUAGGAACCUUUAUUUGAAUAAGUCUUAACUUCUCAUCCUUUUUCAUUUUUUGUGCUAAUGGGCUUCCAUACACUUCUCCAUUAUUGAUCCCAUGAACAUAUUUCAUGUGUGACACAUGCAGAAGGACACAGUGUCUGUCAGUUAUUGAUUCUUACCCGAUCAGCAGCUGCACUCAUUUUGUUCUCUCUUCUGUACCGAAUCAUGUGUUCUGUGUUUAAAGUUUUCUAAAGUCUUUGAUUUUCAGACUCGUGUGUUUGAGUUGCUGCUGAAGGCUGAGCAACGACUUCUGGUUCAUCUGCAGGUUUAAGUUUGUUGGAAGGGAAGAUUCAGCAUUUCCUACUUGUAAAUACUAUUUUUAUUUUGACCUGGAAAUGUCUGUUCUGCUUCGGUUUUGUAUAGUUAGACUUGUGUUUUACUAUUUUUUUUCUACAUUUUCUUGGAAUGUACUGUUUUAUAGUACCUUAAUGUAGGAAAUAGAUAAACCCAUCUAAUAAAACUAUCCUCUUUUGA